AUUAGUAUAGUCGGAUCAGUGGUAGGGGUAACAUAGUAGUUCGACGUGCGAUAUGAUGGGAAUUUUAGUGGCUACGAUGGAUUUUUUCUAAAACGAUGCUACGACGCCUUGCGGUGGAGAUACGAGAUUCAUAGAAUAAAAUAGAAAGGAUAAUUAUUUCUUUAUCAUAUAUUUAAAGUUAAGACGUUCAAGUAUUAAAAUAUAAUGGCAAACGUAGAAAUCGACAUCGUAGGUGAUAUGCAAAUACCACAACAAAAACAAAAAUCUAGCACUGGGUUUGAAUUCUUACAGAUACCACAACUUCCACUUAAUAACAUAGGAUAUCCUCAAGCUCAUGAAUGGAUUGAACAUAGAAAAGCAAAUAUUAGAUCAUGGUCUUUGUUUCUUAAUACAAGUAAUAUAAGACCUGCUCCCAGUUUACCAAGAUUGAGUAAAAGAAUUGUUAGAAAUAUUGAAUAUUUCCAAAGCAAUUAUUUAUUUGUAUUUAUUGGAUUAGUUAUAUAUUGUUUGAUUACAUCACCAUUGUUGCUGCUCGCUGUUGUUGUAUCUCUUGGCACUUGUUAUAAAGUUUCACAGCGUCAUGCUAAACAGGAACUUAUGAUAUUCAAUCAUAAAUUAACAUUAGCUCAAGUUUAUACUUUGGUAGGAAUUUGUUCAUUGCCAAUUUUUUAUUUGGUUGGUGCCGGUGCAGCUUUAUUUUGGGUUCUUGGUGUAUCCUGGUUUUUAAUAACUUUACAUGCAGCAUUCUAUAAUAUAGACUCUGUAUUAUGUCCAGGAGAAGAUGAACUUAAUUCUUUAGUUAUGCAAGAAGCUUCAAAAUGUGGAACAAUUUUUAGUUUAUAUUUUCGUGAUGAAAUUCGUACAAUUGAUUUUGUACUUGUUUGGGAUGAAUACAAUGUUGAAGCUCAAACAUAUCGUUGUACUGAAUAUAGACGUAUAUUUGAAAAAAAUUUAGAAAAGGAAGGUUUACAAUUAGAAUAUGAACAAGCAGAACCAAAUGGUUUACAUUUCAUAAAAAUUCAUGCACCUAAAGAAGUAUUAAGACGGUAUGCUGAAAUAUUAAAACUUAGAUUGCCAAUGAAAGAAUUACCUAGCAUGAUGAUUUUUGAAAAUCGUAGUAACACAUUAAUUAAAGAAGUCAAUUCAUUAUUCAAGAGAAUUAUGAAAAAGUAUUAUGUAAACCAAACAAUAUUUCCAACUUUGAAACAUAAUUUUACAGCUGUUUAUAGCCGUGAUAAAGAAUAUUUAUUCAAUUUGGAUUCACCAAAUUUUUUUACUACUGCAACACGUGCUAGAAUUGUACAAUUUAUUUUAGAUAGAACCAGAUUUACUGAAACUAAGGAUGAUGAUUUUGCAUUUGGAAUAGAUAGAUUGAUUUCGGAAAAAGCAUAUAUAGCCGCAUAUCCUCUUCAUGAUGGUGAUUUACAAGCACCAGAUUCUAUGAGAUAUCUUUUAUACAAAGAAUGGGCAAGCAUAAAGAAAUGUCUUCAUUAUCAACCAUUAGAUUACAUCAAAGAGUAUUUUGGAGUAAAAAUUGGACUUUACUUUGCUUGGCUUGGAUUUUAUACACAUAUGUUGAUACCUGCUAGUAUUGUUGGUCUUUUAUGUUUCAUAUACAGUUGCGCGACUUUAUAUUCUAAUGAACCAAGUGAAGAUAUUUGUAAUUUUAAUGGUACCAUUGAAAUGUGUCCUUUAUGUGAUCAUUUUUGUGGAUAUUGGGAUUUAAAAGAAACAUGUUUACAUGCAAGAAUUACAUAUUUAUUUGAUAAUCCAUCUACUGUUUUUUUUUCUAUAUUUAUGUCGUUAUGGGCUACAUUGUUUUUGGAAUUAUGGAAAAGAUAUUCAGCAGAAAUUACUCAUAAAUGGGAUUUAACUGGUUUGGAUGCUCAAGAGGAACAUCCUCGACCUCAGUACUUAGCACGUUUAGCACAUAUAAAAAAAAAAUCGCUCAAUGUUAUCACAAAUACAGAAGAACCGAAAGUUCCCUUUUGGAAGAUGAGAGUUCCUGCUACAAUUCUCAGUUUCUCCGUCGUUUUGUUACUGAUUGCAAUAGCAAUGGCUGCUGUCUUAGGUGUCGUUUUAUAUAGAAUGUCUGUUUUGACUGCUUUAAGUGUUUAUGGACAUCCUAUGGUAACAAGUUAUGCAAUACUAUUUACUACAGCUACUGCUGCUAGUAUUAAUUUGUGUUGCAUUAUAAUAUUUAAUUGGGUUUAUGUUUGGUUAGCUGAAUAUUUAACAGAGAUCGAACUACUUCGAACCCAAACUGAAUUUGAUGAUAGUUUAACAUUAAAAAUAUAUCUACUCGAAUUUGUUAACUAUUAUGCUUCCAUAUUUUAUAUAGCAUUUUUUAAAGGAAAGUUUGUUGGUUAUCCUGGAAAUUAUAAUCGUUUCUUUCAUUAUCGACAAGAAGAAUGUGGUCCUGGUGGUUGCCUUAUGGAAUUAUGCAUACAGCUAAGCAUUAUUAUGAUUGGCAAACAGGCCAUGAAUACGAUAUUAGAAAUGUUGUUUCCAUUAUUUUAUAAAUGGUUAAAUACUUUAAAAGUACAUGUUGGAAUGACAACAGAAGAUGGACAAAGAAAAAUUACUACUAGAAAAUAUCUCCAAUGGAUCAAAGAUUAUAAGUUAGUGGAAUGGGGUCCAAGAAGUUUAUUUCCCGAGUAUUUAGAAAUGGUGUUACAAUAUGGGUUUGUUACUAUCUUCGUUGCUGCAUUUCCAUUAGCACCAUUUUUUGCAUUACUGAAUAAUGUUUUUGAAAUGCGAUUAGAUGCGAAAAAAUUGUUAACAAUGUAUAGAAGACCAGUCGGACAACGUGUUACUGAUAUAGGUAUAUGGUACCGUAUUUUAGAUUCCAUUUCUAAAUUAUCUGUUAUAACUAAUGCAUUCAUUAUAGCUUUUACUUCGAAUUUUAUACCUAGAUUAGUUUAUCGAAUAAUUGUAUCUGAUAAUUAUUCUCUAGAAGGAUUUCUAGACCAUUCUCUUUCGAAAUUUAAUACAAGUGAUUUAAAAAACGGUACUGAACCAUUUUCAAUAUCUACUCAGCGAGUUGAAAUAUGUAGAUAUCCAGAUUAUAGGGAACCACCCGAUUCAUCAAAUAAAUAUCAAUAUACUAUUAUGUUUUGGCAUGUACUUGCGGCAAGAUUAGCUUUCAUUGUUGUUUUUGAGAAUAUUGUUGCUCUUGUAAUGAUAUUAGUGCGAUGGUGUAUUCCUGAUAUGAAUCCGAAGUUAAGAGAUAAAAUUCGACGCGAAGCAUAUAUAACUAAUGAAAUAAUUAUUCAACAAGAAACGCUUCGUGCUUGUGAACGAUCUACUGAUUUAGAUGCAAAUCAACAUUUAAUUAGAUUAAACGAAAAUGCAAAUCGAUGGAAUAGAGUCAUGAGAAGUAGUUUAUCUAAUUCUGAAUUCGAUUUAGAAAUUCAUGGAAGUCCUGUAUCACCAGCUAAUACACAUUCACGUGUUAGUCCUGCUGCAUUAUGAUCAUUUUCAGAUCAAAAAAAUAAAAAAUUCAAUAAAAAAAAUUAUAAUUGUGAUUCUAGUCACAUAUAUUGAUUUCAUUGAUUUGACAAUUUUUAAAAAUGUAUAAACAUAUUUGAUAAAAAUAUAUUAUACAUAUAAAGGA